UAAUGUCCGAACUCAACGGAGCGGCUUUUAUUACUGGGGCGGCAUCAGGAAUCGGCAAAGCAGCCGCGUACGCCCUCGUCCAACACGGAGUCCGUCAGGUCGCCAUAGCAGACGUCAAUUUCACCGCAGCACAGCAAGUCGCAUCCGACAUCGAAUCGCAAUUCGCUGGCACCCAAGCACUCGCCCUGGCCCUGGACGUCACGAACCCCGAUGCCAUCCACGAGGCGAUCACACAGACCGUCGCCCGAUUCCACCGCAUCGACUACGCCGUAAACAGCGCAGGAAUCCCAGGAUCAAUGGCGUAUUCAUCCGAUCAUGACCUCGAGGCCUGGCACAAGACCAUAGAUGUGGACCUGCAUGGCGUGUGGAUGUGCAGUCGCGAGGAAAUACGGGUUAUGCUGACGCAGGAGAAGCUGGAUGAUAGUCCACGUUCCAACCGAGGCGUCAUCGUCAACCUGGCAUCCAUGUACGGCAUCGUCAGCCCCUCGCGCGAUCUGCCGAUCGUUUCUUACACGGCGGCAAAGCACGCGGUGGUCGGGUUCACAAAAAUAGAUGCCCUCACCUACGCGCCGCUCGGCAUCCGCAUCAAUGCUCUUUGUCCUGGGACGGUGGAUACGCCGGUUGUUGCGGCCCUUCCGUCCGAGAUCAUCAAGAGGGAAGAAGCGAAGUUUCCGUUGGGGAGAUUCGCGGUUCCCGAGGAGAUGGCUGAUGCCAUUGUUUUCUUGCUCUCUCCCAUGAGUAGUUAUAUGUAUGGGUCGGCGCUGGUGGUGGAUGGCGGCUAUAGUGCGCAGUGAGCAUGUGGUGGUGGGCUGGGAAUUUGAGUUGUUGGUAUGCGGCUGUGUCUGGGAUAGAUCGUGAUGAGGGCAUGGGUUGGAGUUUCAUUUGAAAGGCAUUGUC